GACAGGAUAUUUCGAUAUUGCAAAAGCGUUGUCGUACAAACGUUUAGCGUCCACCAACAAUGACAAAACCAAGAUGGCGGCGCCCUGCACGAAAUGCGGCAAAAUGGAACGAGAUUUUCGUCGUGGUGGUAAUCGCGAUGCGAGUGUAGCGCACUAACGAGACACUCAAUGACGAGAAAAACUUUGUUGUUCUUGUGCGGCUAGGUAGCUGCGCAAAGAAAGCACGCAAGCAUGGCGAUCGAGCACCUCGUAAUGCUCAGCGGCAGGAGCGACGGCAACUUGCUACGUGUACCGCAAAACACUCUCGUGGCUCUGUUCGCGUUCGCCUACUGCGAGGUCGACGGUCUCCGCGUCGUUUUAGUGCGACGCGACGCACCCAGUGACGACGGCGGCUGCAGCGGUGAGCUGCUCUUCGCUUUGCCUCGCAGCGUCCUUUCGAGGCUCAAAUGCGUCGAGGCGAGCGACUCGCCGACACCUCAAGAACUACUCGACUGCGAUCCGCCCGCCGUCUAUCUGCCCGACAAGACCACCGCGACUUGCAUCGGAGGACUCGCGGGUGUUCUCCGAUGGGUACUGGGUCAGUUCGGCAGUCGAACCCGGGACCCCGAGUGCAAGACGCUGUUGGGCUUCCGCGGCGGCUGCCUCGCGGCCUGCGCGGAGUCUUCUUUGUGGACUCGCUUCUGCGAGCUCGACAUACAGAAGGUCGUCCCGAAGCUCCGGACGCGCUGCUCUGGUACCGGGUUCGAAUCUCCGCUGCGGCUUCCCGAGGAGCUGCUUCUGCUCGAGGCGCACAUGCGACAGCCGGUGAAAACGCACAACGUUCGGAGGAAGCAACAGCAAGUGUUUCGAGCGUCGCGUAGUGAGGGCGCGGCUGGCGAUCGCGUCGACGGCUCGCUCGCGAAGCGCAAGCCGACUGACGGUAACCUGCCGGAAUUGGAACACCGGUUCGUCGAGGGUUUCGACGAGACGCUAGCCGACGUAGUGCUCUUUCCCGUGGUUCACCUCGUAUUCACCGAGCUGGCCGCCGUUACGAGUGGAGAUGCAAUAUCCGAAAGGCUGCCCCUCACUUUCAGGUGGUACGAAACUAUGUGCGCGCAGGCGCAAACUCGCCUCGCACUGGACGCUCUGGAACUGAAACGCAUGGAACAGGUCGAGCGCCCAGAUGAGAGCAGCAUGUUCAUCGAAGAGUCGGAGCUCCCGAAGGACAGCCUCUACUCGUCUCACCCGGAGCGCACGAAGCCCCGGAUUCGACACAAGAACCCGGAAUCGAUCAUCAACUCGCUCAGGGAGGCCUGCAUAACGCCGGACUUGAAGCCCAACCCUGGGGAAGACUCCCUGCCUCUGCCCUGGAACGAGUUUCCAGAGAAAGUACACCCUCUCGGAGGAGGUCUUCCAGAAACCAGGGUCCUACGCAAGUGUCAGCAGAUUGAGAACCUUGUUGUUCUAGCUCUUCAACACACCUUCGACGGCUGCAAGGUUGUCGACUUCUGUUCCGGAGGAGGUCACGUAGGCAUCGUUCUGGCCUACUUGCUCCCCGACUGCCGGGUAGUGAUGAUCGAGAACAAAGAAGAGUCGAUGCACCGUGCACGGGAGAGGGUCAGGUCCCUGGGUCUACGAAAUGUCGUCCUGUAUCAGUGUAACAUGGACUACUACGUCGGCGAUUUCGACUUGGGUGUCUCCUUGCACGCAUGCGGUGUUGCUACCGACUUGGUUUUGCAGAAGUGCAUCGAACACAAUGCGGCUUUUGUGUCGUGUCCCUGUUGCUACGGUGCCAUGAAGGCACAGGAGGGCAUCAGCUACCCUCUCAGCCGUGCCUUCAGAGACAUGGGCAUCUCCAAAGAGGACUACACGUUGUUGUGCCACUAUGCCGACCGGACUGAGCGUGACACGCCGACGUGCCAGCAAGGCCAUUAUUGCAUGGCUCUGGUGGACCGAGACCGGGCAAUGGGAGCGGCCGAAAGCGGCUAUGAAGUUAUUGUGACACAGAUGGUACCGCACGAUUGCUCGCCCAAGGGACUCGUAUUGGUUGGCAAACGGACGUCUAAAGUGUGUUGAAAGUACACAUUGCCAGUUUUCGAAGAGCGCACAUUUUGAGCCGUGUGGAGCUUCCAUUGCAUACUCUUAGUGCGUAUGGGUUCAGUAGGAAUAGACGGCUUGCAUAGAAUCGUCCUUUUCACUGUUACUCGCUGUUGUUGACAAACACACACUAGUGUAAUUGUUACAGCCUCAAUCAAACUGGCUACACUUUUGAAUCAGGUAAGGUCAGGUUAAUCAAAGUGAGUUGUUUAGUAAAUACCGCAUGUUGAAGUUACAUCAUGUUUUUAUGAAAAAGUCUGCUGUCAUGUUUAAUAUAUGGAGCUGUUCUUUAUAUACUGUUCAGGCAACACCAGAGGCAGUGUCCGUGCUCACACAUAAGCGCUGCCAGAAAUUUAAGAACUUAUAUAAUUUCAAAGAUAUUUACUGCUGCCAUUUCUUGAUAAUUUGCAUGAAUGUAGGUGAACACUGCUCAGAAUAUUUGUGACGUUGCGCUUUGAGCAUUUGCAGCUAACUUGAGGACGGCAAUAUUUGAUUCAGUAUCAGAAAAACUAAAUGAUUCGUAUUUGUGUUGAUUGAUUCCUGGAGUUAAAAACAUUUAAGCUACACAGUAGACUGUGAAGAAUGCCAUAGUGGAAUGGUGCCAGGUUAAUUGUGACAAUCUGAGAUUAAUUUUAUGUGUGCCUAAAUCUAAGUAUACGCAAGUGUUUCUUGCAUUCUUCUCUCAAUGGGGUGUGACCACAGUCGCCAGGAAUUAAGCUCGCAAAUUUAUGCUCAGAAGUGCAGCUGGAUAAUGUUGCCGCUUGCAAUGGCUCAAACAUUCUCAAAUGUGUCAUGUCAACUGUGAUCAUUGUAAACGAAAACGCAGCACUGAAAAAGUUCAAAUUAUUAAAGAAAUGGGCGGUCCCUGUGUCUCACAGGAGCUUUGUGUUUGCAAUGGGAGUAAAUGGCCUGCCCAAGUGACUUGAAAAUUCUCCCAUGGGCUGUUUGAAAUGGAGGUGCUUCGUCUGUUUCCUUCCGUCUGUCCUGUCUCUUGCGCUGUUGCUCGAUUUAAAUACAUUAUGUGCCAAUGAACCCAAGUUAGCAUUCUGCUGAAAUGUCUGUUUUCCGAAGAACUUUAACUUGAUCAGCAUGGCUGCACAACUACUGUGAUCCUCACAGACCACACGGGAUUCUCUCAGAUCCUCAAUAUCACUGAAUGUAACUGAACAUCUUGUGUUGUAUUUUGCUUCAGUGUACUUAUUUACCCUCAGAGCCAUGGACAUUAGGGAGAGGAGAGUGAAUAAUAAAAAUAAAACAAAAAGAGUACAUACACACAAGGCGAGCAAUAACUUGAGAAAUGCAACGCAUAUAAAUGGUUGCUAGUACACUAUCAGCGUAGUCGACAGGUUAUUACGCAUUAAGAUUUAAAUAUAAUGGGAAUGAUCUGCCCUAAGUACACAGUAUUCCAUACCACAGUUCCAAGCAUGUAAAUGUAAGUUUUUGACUCUGACAUUAUGCAUGGUGAGAAAAGGCAGGCAUGCACUGCAAAGCACAGACACAAGAGGAAUGUAAAGCAUAACACCAUGAAUCCUUUACCAAAUUACUCAGAUUUUUGUUCGUCGAAUGUUACUGUCCCGUUAGGAAACAAAAAUAUGCAAAGAAAGGAUGUGGACAUUGAUCUUCUCGCAAGCUUAUUGUGAAUAACAAAAGCACAUGCCUGACGUUUUCAUUGGUGCCGCAUUGCCCAUACGGUAGCUGGCGUUGUCAGACCUCUUCAGAAACAGCAUCUGAAGAUCAUCAACCUUUGAAACAGAAUCUCUCUAAAAUAAGGCCCUUUAGUUAGCGAAAACUCGGCAAAAAUACAGUGCUAUUCAGAUACCAACUCAAUUAUUGCUCGUAUCGGAACAUUCUUGCAAUUGAGUGACCGUAUCAAGAUACAGUUUGCAUCAGUAUUCUUGCUUGAAGUUGCCAUGUAAGUGUGAGGGACCGCAGAUCAUGACUAAGGCAAUAGAGAUACUUCACCUAUUCGAAGCUGCUACACCAAGUUGCUACAUUGUGUUCCGUUGUGAGGUUACAAAUGCAAGCUGUCCAUUUUUUUAAAGAGCUUCUAAAAUUCUACUAGUGGCUGCAUGCAUGUCUUUGGGACAUGCACUUGUCAAUUAGGCAAUGGCGGAUACUUGUAAUAGUUGCUAUUUAUCAUCAGACUCUCAAAAAGACGAACUGUUAUCUGUGAGCUCAGCAUUUCACUAUAAGUGUGUUUUGGCUGGUUUGAAGUUUACUUGCACAUUAAGUGAUAUGGGCCAUAUGUUUUGCUUGGCCCCUUAGGUUUGCCACCACGUACAUGUUCUAGGUAACUUAGCAAAAACUGUUAUAAGGUGCUAUGCAGGUCUAAUCUUGUGUAGUGGGUUAGACCAUAAAAAUAAAACAGAAAAUAUGCCACUGUCCAACUCUAGGUGUGCCAGCUAAUUACAAUCGCUAAUUCCUGCGACGUGGCUGCAGAGGUGAAUUUCUUUCAACAUCGCGAUCUGUCAAGGACGGUGCUUUGGAGCACGGAAGCACAAAGGUCAGAUGCAGCACAGUUUUUGUGGGCAGAGCUUGCACUCAAUUAUUAGCCUGUCACGUGUAUGGUUGAGCUAGCUUCAUUGAAUUUAGCCUCUGUUUUGUUUCCUAAUGACCCUGCUUGCCACUGUAUAGGUUUCCAAUAUAUUUAUUUUGAGAGGUGUGCAAUUUUUCACAGUGGAUAAAAGUAGGGAUACAUGUAUAAUUCCUACUUGAUUCCAGCAUCUUCCCAGCUUUGAAAUGUUAUAACAAUUUUCCACAGAUAAAAGAUUUGUGGGUGAGGCCUCUUGCACAUAUGGUAGGGUAGAGUGGCGUCAUGUGUCCAAGGUGCUGCAUUGUAAAAACACAAAAGUUACCACUCUUUUUGUGCGUGUGUAGGUGGCACAGGGUCAGCUGUUCAGUGUGGGAGGAUCAUGGGUCAUAGAAAGGCAACUAAGAUUAAAAUCACUCUCUGAGCUGAAGAAACAGGUUCAAGAGUGCCGUAUUGAAGGGUACAUAAUCUCAACACAUUCUUGUGGAGCUAAAAUAGUGGUUACAAGAAACGUCGUUCGUCCUGUUUCUUCUUUUUUCUAUUUUUUUCUUCUUAAUCACGACCCAACUAGCCCGUCAGUCUAUCUUUGUUGAUCAAAGUGUGAAAUGCAAAACCGUGCACAUGGUGGCAUUCUCAUUUGCAAGGCGUGCUGGACAGUUUGCGUGGCUUGCCAGGAGGUUUCUUCUUGCAAAAUGUUGCCUCUCUGCCCCUCACAUUUGGCACAGACACGAAUAAAAUGAAAAAAAAAACAUGCCGGUCUUGGGUACACGCUGCGUCCCAGUGCAGCUCCCAUCAGCCAAGCAGGAACACGAACCGGUUGUGUGUCUUGCAGAAAGAAGGACUGGCCUGUGGUGUGCCACUAGUUCAUUCGUGAACAUUCCGUUGAGCCGGCGUCACGCAGUGAAGAAUUAUUGUCGGACAGUGAAAGCCUUCCUCCUCUCUCUGAGACACACCGUCAGUUCUCGUUCCUGGCUGGCUAACGAGAUACGCAGCUCUAAUCCCGCUGCACAAAAUGGGCGGGAAUGAGUAUGGAGUGUAGGAGUAGCAGGCUGUGAAGCAAGCAAGUGAAACCGGACAGCUGCUGCGGCAUUCAAGGCACGGUGACCCCGUUUGUGCGCCUUGGGUGUCCAGUAACUGUGCAGAAGCCAUCUCUUAUGAACCCAACAGCUGCGCUGAAACUUCGCUUUAUAGUGUUCGUUAUGUAAGCACACUGAUGCCACUCUCUAGGCACAGGUGGCGAGUUUUCUUUAAUCUGUAAAAGAAAAGUUGGAGGUGUCCUUGCCUUUUUGAGAAAAAGACCGAAUGUGUGUAAUUUAACAUUGCAAUAAACGACCUGCUUGUUCGAGAGA